CGGUACUCCACGCUGCCUCCGUCCCCCGCCCCGCCGCCCCUCGCAGACGAGCCCGACGCGUACUCCUCCUCGGAGGAUCUGCUGGACCCCAUAGGGCGCAGCCGCAUCCCGGGCGCGCGGCCGCCGGGGCGCAGGAGCAGCCCGGCCGAGGCUGCAGCACCACCCCCUAUAAAGUCUUCAGUGAGUGAUAGAAUGAAAUUCUUUGAAAAAGCAAUGGUGGAGCAACAUCAACCAUCACCAAAACCAGAGAAAGCCUUUAGCUUUUUAAGUAAAGAUGAAGUUGAAAGAAUGAAACAAGAAGAAGAAAAGAAAAUUGCAUCUUUGAGUAGAGAUGAACUUCAAUCUUGGGCACAGUUAGAUGAAGAGGAUGAUAAUGAAGAUGAUGAUGAGGAACCCAGACCUAGUGGG